CUCCUGUUUGGGGAAGGUGAAAGUAAAGUGUUGUCAGCUGAUGGAGCAGCAGCGAGGAGACCGACCCGGGGCGGAUAUUGUCACUUGUAUCCCCAGCUGCUGCUCACACUGUUCUCCUAAUGGAAGAGGGAAAAGCAAACCUGGCGUUUAAAGGUGUCGCCGAGAGACUGACGCUCGGCAUCACUCGAAUCCUCGAGAACCUGCCGGGGGUCGUGGACGUGCGGUUCGCCGAGAGGGAGCCUGCAGAGAAGAGGAGCCUGUUGUCCUGGGAACAGAAAAACACCUGUAUUUUGCCAGAAGACCUGAGAGAUUUCUACCUGACAACUGAUGGGUUCACUCUGACCUGGAGUGUUAAACUAGACAAUGAGUGUGUUCCCUUGGGAUGCAUGAUGGUCAACAGCGUGGCCCGGCUGUGCCCACUCCUCCAACCAGUGGCCCUCUUCUCCCUUCCCAACGCCCCCUCCCUGGCAGACCUGGACUGGGAGGAAAGCGACGCUAAACUUGGGUCGGAGCGGGCGCCUGCUGUGCCCCAUUUUGAUUCCCGGAGCCGCAUCUUUGAGCUGGAUUCCUGUGGCGGGAAUGGCAAGGUGUGCUUGGUCUACAAAAACUGCACAGCAGGUGUAGUAGCCCAGCAGAGUGAAAUCUGGUUCCUCGAUUGCUCACUGUGUUGGCAUUUUCUCACCGCAACUUUCACCUCUUACUACCGACUGAUGAUAACCCACCUGGGCCUGCCUGAGUGGCAGUAUACCUUCACUCCGUAUGGCCCCAGCCCGCAGGCCAAGCAGUGGGCCUCACUGUACCAGCCGCUGACCUUCAGCAGUGAGCACAGCAUGGCUGAUGCUGCGGGAGAUUCUUAUCUCAACAAACUGGAUCCGACCAAGGCCUUCAAAGGCAAAGCCAAGGCGCCGGCACCCAAGAAGAAACCACCAUCACAGUGCAGCUCAGGCAAUGCUGCCAAGAGCCAAGGGAGCACAGGGAGGCCGAUUGGGACAAAGCGGUGAGAAUGUUCCCAAUCGAGGAAAACAUUGUAAUCCUGUGUGUACAGUCAACAUGGCUUAAAAAAUCUGUCAGUGAUUCCUUCGUGUUGGACUGCUGAACGUCUGGACAGACGAACCACGGUUCUCCUGCCUCUACACAUAGCUGAAUGGGUACCAGCUGUUGGAGGCAGUGCGGCAUGUAAACAGUUAUUCUAACCUUAUUUAUGUGUAGGUGAUUAAAAAAUACCUGUCUUACGUCUAAAUAGACUUGAAAGAUCCCAAGAAUUCAAGUGUAGUUGUUUUUGAACUUUCAUUGCUCUAUGAUAGUGAAGAAAUGAGGCUUGUCUCCAAUGAGACAACCAAAGCAACAGAUAUAUUAUCUGCACACUCAUUUAACUCAGAGCUCACUGGUUACACCUGCUGGCCAAAACAACUCAUCAGCCAAGUCAAGUUUGAUCAUGUGCUGCUGGCAUAGUAAUACUGACAGGUAGCAUCAAAUUGUACCACUGCUAUAACUACUAUAGGGCAAAUAAUACUCAAUAAGGGCAUUAUCUUACUUUAUAACUAUGUAUUUAUCCCUUAGAUUUGGUUGGAUGUUGUAAAUAUUUUAAUUUGAAUGUCAUAUACAGCAAUAACAUAUAUAUAAUAUAUAUACAUUUACGAUAGAAGUUUGAAAAGAAAUGCUCAACGAAAUCUCUGUGAAUGUGAAAUUGAAAGAGCAAGAUUGAAAAUAAUACUGUUGUUUUCAGUUGGACGGUAAAAGUGCUUUUUGUCCCACAAUUCAGUCUGUGGACUCAAACGUUACACAAUUAUGUGUGGCAACAAACUAUCAAACAAAACAUUAGUCAUCUUGGCCUUUUUCCACUGUAUCUCUGCAGUGCCUCACUCAUACUGUGUUAUAAUCAUGUAAACUUAAAUUAAAAGAUAUGUUUGAGUUUAGGCCUGUCGAUCUUAACAUUGAUGAUAUCAUUAAAAUUGAAAAUAUUAUUUCAUAUUUUGCAGCAGAUCAAAUUUGUAGGUUAGAUGUAAGCCUCUCACUAAAUGAUACACACAUUUGCCUUGAGUGCUGGAUUGUUGCAAAGAAGAACAUAUGUUGCGUUGGAAGCUACCGUUCCUAUUUCAUUUGACUUGAUGUGCAAUGUAUUGGGGCUUGUGUGUUUUUCUUCACACACACUGUAAUUCCCAAGCUCAUGUAAGUGGUCUCCUGCUGAUUUGCUGAAAUGGAUAAUACCAAGGUUAUAUAUGCUGCUAUAACCUCAAUAAUAUAUGCAUUAAAAAUGAGCUGGUCAAUGAGUUUUUGUUUCUUCUUUCCUGCAUGAAAUGUAGUUUCUUAGAGCAAACCAUUGUUGAUAUCAGUGUCAUGUUUCACAUUUUCAUAUAGUGUGUUCCAUGUAACACUGUAGAUUUUUUACAUUAUCUGGUUAUGAUAAAUGUAAUCUCAUUCAGUAAACUGACUGAAUUUUAAAAUUGUUUGAUAUAUUCAAUAUAAAUUUGUGCCGUCUUUUGACAUACCAUUUCAUUUUUGGUCUCUUCGUAAAAUUCCAAUAAUCAAGGAACAUUUCUCCUAUUUACAGAUAUCCACACAGCUAUGCUACAACAUAGCUGAGUUACUUACACAAUUGCAUUUUCAAUUUUGAAUUUAUGAACAGAGUCCUCCUUUGACUCCUCCAGCAACCCCUCACCCAGUUCAUCCACGUGUGGGUGGUGCAAUUCCACCAAAGCCUUGUAGAUCCCUGCACCCAGCACCCCUCCAAU